AUGUCAAAAUUAAAUAGCGAUUGCUUAAGGGUCCUCUUUGAAAAUUUCACUGAAGAAAGCUCGGGGGCAUAUUUAUUAUAUAAUUGUGCACUUUUAGAUAAACAGUGGAAUGUGGUUGCAACUCCUUAUCUUUACAGGGAUCCUUGGCAACAUUGGAUAUAUCGGUCAAAGAAUAAUUUCGUUGCAAAGAAAUUAAUAGACACAUAUCACUUAUGUUAUCAAGUUCAUUCAAGCAAAACUUCUGAAUAUAAUAACAAUAGAGGACAACAUAAGAGAAUACGUUCUAUUGAUAAUAAUUCUAUUACAAUCAAUAACAUUUAUCUUCCUCAAUACGAUUAUAUUGAAUUAGCCAAAAAUUUGCAUAUACCAGCAUUAUAUCAAUGUGUAGAAAUAUGGUAUAAAGCGACUCACGAAGAUGAAAGUGUUAAUGGUGAAAUUGAAAAAUAUUUUUUGAGUUUCCUUAAAUUAUUUGUUGAUAAAGCAAGAAUUAAAGGAUGUACCUUUGCAGAAUCUUCUACGAAUCCAUCAUAUCCAAUACAAUUGGAUCAUUUAGAAUAUCUCGCCAAAACUUUUAAUCGACUUUCAGUAGAUUUGGAAUAUUUAAAUUUAGGAUAUUUUAAAUGUACGGAUGAAGCAUUAUUAAUUCUUUCUAAGAAUUGUACAUCACUUAAAACUUUUAAAAUUACGGCUCAUAGUUGUUCAGAUGAUGCAUUGGCAAAUUUCAUAUCCUCCCAAAAAAAAUUGACGAAACUUAAAAUUCGAUAUGCACAAGAUCUUCGGCAAACUUUAGACAAAAUAAGAUCUCAAGCCAAAACCAUUGUGAAACUUCGUAUUUUACAUUGUAAUUUAGAAAAUUGUACAGUUCCUCUCACAGGAAUUGCUGAAUGCAUUAAUCUUCGUUCAAUUUAUAUGCGAGAUAUUGAUAGUUUUUCACCAAGAAUAACAUUAUCACAAUUAUUGAUGCCAAUUGCCAAAAAUUGUGAAUUUCAUAAUGUGGAUUUUACCAAAACAUCACUUCCAGUUGAUGUACUCGUUGAAAUUGCGAAGAAAUCCUCGACAACCUUACGUCGUGUACAUCUAAUACGACCGACACAUUUAAGAGAGGGAGGAUAUGUGAAUGAAAAUUUAUCAGAUGGAAUAAUGGCACUUGCUAAUAAUGCCACGAAUCUUUGUGCCUUUGAACGAAAUAUUCUUCCGGAAGAAUUAAAUGCUACGUGUUAUCUCGUAAAUACUAUUGGAAAAUCCUUAACAAGAUUAGAGAUUGAAUCAGUUGAAAUGGCGGAUUAUGAUUCAUCUAAUUUACUUAUAUGCAUUGGUAACAAAUGUCCUUAUUUAACAAUAUUAAACAUAAGUAAUUAUGAAUUUUCAUUUGAUUCAUUCGUUACAUUAUUGAAAGGGUGUAAAUAUAUUCAAUCAUUGACGGUGAUGUUUUCAGACUCAAUUAAUGACAAGAUUUUGGAAUUGAUUGCAAAAUAUUGGGCAGGAACCUUAAAAAAAACCCUAGAAAUUGAUGAAUGUCAUAAUGUUUCUAUUGAAGCAGGAAGUAAUAAUGGUGAAUAUACAAUUCCAGUUAUAAAUGAAGCAUAUAAUAACCAAACGAAAAAAGUAAAAGCCUACGUACCUCCAAAGUUAUCUUCAUUUGAAACAAGUAUAUGCGGAGCUAUUGCAGGAGGGUUUUCAAGAUUUGUAGUGGCUCCGCUAGACGUUAUUAAGAUACGUCUACAGCUCCAACCAGGUCGACCGAAUUUUAACUUUCGUUCUAAACAUCGAACUAUCAGUAUUGACAGAAAGUAUAAUGGAAUUCGGCACGCUUUAUUCACAAUAUUUCAAGAGGAAGGGCUUAGGGGUUUAUGGAAGGGUAAUCUAUCGGCUGAAUAUCUUUAUAUAUCUUAUGGUGCUGUCCAAUUUUUAACAUAUCAGAAAAUGCAGGAUUUAUUUAAAUUCAUUGAAAAAAGGCCAAAUAAUAAAUUGAUUUUUGACAAAAACAUUACAACCAUAUACGAGGGAAUAAUCCAUUCAAUACAAAAUAUUCGUUCUCAAGAAGGAUUCUACGGAUUUUAUCGAGGGAUUUCGGCAUCUAUUAUACAGAUAAUCCCAUAUAUGAGUUUAACGUUUGGAAGUUAUGAAUUUUUCAAGAAAUCAUUUCAACGUCUUGAGCGUUUUGAGGAAAAUAAUUUACGGUUCAAUAAUUUGAAAGGAAGCGAAGAUUUAAUAAGCGGUGCAAUGGCCGGAACAUUAGGUAAAACAGGGGUAUUUCCGCUUGACUUAUUACGAAAACGACUACAAAUACAAGGUCCUGAUCGAUCGAAAUAUGUGAUAAAAAAUAUACCUCUUUAUGCUAGUUCCAUUAUUUCUUGUAUAAAACAAAUAUGUAAAGAAGAUGGUUUUUUGGGACUCUAUAAAGGAUUGUCUCCCGCAAUUGUAAAAAGUGCAUUUGCUAGCGCUGUUACUUUUUUUGUUUACGGAUAUACUAAGCGAAUAUUAGAAAAAUCACAUUGA